AUGUCGGAUUUCGAGGACGAGAUGGACGUCGACGGCCCCGCACCGUCCAAGGACGUCAUCUUCUCCUCCUCGGAGGCCACCAAGGGCAAGCGAAGCACAGCAAACCUGCCCGUCGAGGCCGAGGACAGCUUGCCAUGGAUCGAAAAAUACCGACCCGCAACCCUCGACGACGUCUCGGGCCACCACGACGUCCUCGCCACCGUCAACAAGUUCGUCGACUCCAACCGCCUCCCUCACCUGCUCCUCUACGGGCCCCCGGGGACGGGGAAGACGUCCACGAUCCUAGCGCUCGCGCGACGCAUCUACGGGGCCGCCGACAUGCGCCAGAUGGUGCUGGAGCUCAACGCCUCCGACGACCGGGGCAUCGACGUGGUCCGCGAGCAAAUCAAGACCUUUGCCAGCACCAAGCAAAUCUUCUCCACGGGCGCCUCGGCAAAGUCCUCGAUUGCUGGGUUCAAGCUGAUUAUCCUGGACGAGGCGGAUGCCAUGACCAACACGGCGCAGAUGGCGCUGCGACGAAUCAUGGAGAAGUACACCGCCAAUACGAGAUUCUGCAUCAUCGCAAACUACUCGCAUAAGCUGAGUCCCGCGCUGCUGAGCAGGUGCACGAGGUUCAGGUUCAGCCCUCUCAAGGAGGGCGACAUUCGGGUCUUGGUGGAAAAAGUCGUCGAGGAGGAGCACGUGCAGAUUGGCGCCGAGGCCGUAGAUGCGCUGGUCAAACUCAGCAAGGGCGACAUGAGAAGGGCCUUGAAUGUGCUGCAGGCUUGUCACGCUUCAAGCACACCUCUCCAACCGAGGAAUGCGCCCAAGAUCCCGGAGAGCGAGAUCAAGCGUGAAAUGAUCACGACGGAGACGAUUUAUAACUGCAUUGCGGCGCCGCCGCCGGAUGCUAUCAAGGAGAUUGUGACGACGCUGUUGAGCACGUCGGAUGUGACGAGCUGUCUGAAUACGAUCCGCGCCCUCAAGGUGACGAGGGGUUUGGCGCUGGCAGAUAUCAUUACGGCGCUGUCGGAGGAGUUGGUCAAGCUGGAGGUUAGCCCGGAGGUGAUGAUUUCGUGGUUGGACGGGUUGGCGGAUGUUGAGCAUAGGGUUGCCGGCGGCGGUAGUGAGAUGGUGCAGACUGGGGCUGUUGUUGGUGUGGUGAGGGCGGGAGUUGAGCUGAUGGGUAGAUGA